GUUGUUGCCAAACCGGGCAAAUGGCCUGGUCUGGUGUUUAUUAAAUACUCCCGAGUUAAAGUGCAUUUCCUAGCCGCGGUUGGAUAGUGGAAUAGCUCGCAAUGGCGUCGUCUUCAGUCCCCGUCGUCAUCUACGAAGAAGAAGAACUGGUGAUGGACGACGGGUCCGGAUCGGGUUGGGUGGAGCCCCGAACCAGCUGCGAUCACCUCACUUCGUUGUCGCAGGAUCUGGCACACAUCCCCCACCCCGCCACUCCCUGCAGCAAGUGCCAGCAUCCCAUGGAGAAUUGGCUGUGCUUGAGCUGCAAGCAAGUGUUCUGCAGCCGAUUCGUUAACAAGCACAUGGUGGAUCACCAUGAACAGACGCCAAAUCACUCCGUAGCGCUUAGCUUCAGGCCAUUCGCGCUCUGCACAUUGUUCAUCAGACUGCUUAUCUGCUCAAAUUUGGCGAAGACCCUCCUCAAUUGCCCAGUAAUGAUCAGUGUUUGCAGCUUGGAAAUGAAUGAAUCCCUUUCUUUUUUUUGGGGGGUGGGGGGGUUAAAGAAAAUGGUUUUGCCACAACGCCCCAGACCCUACUCUUGUGGGAUUUAACUGGGUUGUUGUUGUUGUUGGUUUUGCCACAACUACCAUACCUGUUUUUUCCAAUGCUAAUGCUUAUGCUGUGUUGCACCCAAAGUAUGUGUGCUUGAUUUUGAUUCUUUCAUUUCUGAAUAAUUCUCAUGUGCACAAUUUCCAUAUUCGAAUCAAUAAAUUACUGUUGG